UUAGUGUAUGAAUGAAUAUUAUACAUUAAAAAUAAGUUAAAUUACAAAAGUUUCGAUCCUAUAAAAAUGUUUAUUUUUUGUUUGCUUCAAUUCGUAUGCAUUUAUGGUAAAAAACGUUUUAUAAGUUUAAAGUUGUCGUGCUUUUAUUCACUUUUAAGUAUAUAUUUUACAGUUGAACUGAGUACUCUAUAUUCAUAAGUAUUUUUUAAGAAGGGGCGGUAGUGUUCAUUGCGUAAAUGGAUUCGAUAAGAAAAAAAGCCAUAUGUACAAAUGCAUAAAGUGUGUUUGUUCAAUGUUCAUGUCAUUUAUGGCGUCAGUAUAAAAAUAAUAUUGUGGAAACUCAAAAUCUUCGUUUCCAUUCAAACAUCUACUAGUGCACACCAUUAAAUAUUAAUUGGUAUUCUGUAACUACUAAUGACCGUCCUGUAUUGAUUUCAGUUUUCUUUUAAGUCUCUCGUUUUCACAGUUAACCGGCCACGUUACCCAAGUGAAUAUCCACUGUUGACCGUGACCUGAAACCAGGUACCUACUAUAUUCUGGUAAAUGAUUCUCCACCGUAAACGUGCCCUUAUUUUCACACCAUCGUCCAGUGAACGAUUUCACAACUUCCUGUAAUUAAAACGAUCGCCAUUUCGUUCCGAUUACCAGCGCUACUGAGUUACAUCACCUGUUAUUGGUUUUUUUUUCCUACACAAGAAUAAAAACAACCAAAACGUCGUAGUCACGAUAUCGAGCGACCGAUAACGUGACAUAAUAUUGGGAAAUGCGUGUGUAAAAACAAACCAAAACCGAAAACCAAAACUUUGUACAAUUAGUGUGACACGGUUCAUUUCGUGCGGUGGAGGUGGAAUAUAACCCGCAUAUGUUGAGGAUUUAUUCGUUGAUCAAAAUGACAGUUUACAAACGGUGUUUGUGUCAAAAGCAUCAUGUGCAUCCGAGUCGAAAUCGAAUUGUCGUCAUGAAUACCGCACAUGACGAUGGAUACAAAAAGAUUGUUGGCUUUAUUCUGGUUAUCGGCACUAGCGUGCGGUCGAAGAUUAAACGAUGAGCACACUAAACAAAAUAGUACAAACAGGAAUUUACCUACAAGUUCAAUUGACACUCAAGACGAUCUCAGCUCUCGAAGUUAUGGACUUCAAGGACCAGAAGUAGAUUCACCAGAUGAAUUUAAAUCUGAGGUAUCUGACGUAUGGAUGCCUACAAGUUCAUCGAAAUCAAUGGCAAAACAGAUCCAUGAACCUGAAAUUGAUGAUUACGGAGAACCAGAAAAACCAGAACAGCUAAACGAACAUGAAGAAAUGGAUUCAUUAGAAAGGCUUAAUGAACCCGAAAAAAAUGAAGAUCCCGAAGAUGGAAAUGAAGAUUUUGAGCAAGUUAAAAAAGUAAAAGAGGUGUCAAUAAUGACGUUGAAACCAAAAGAACGUAACAAAGCAUUAGAUCCAAUAAGUGAUCAACAAGGCCGUCCUCCUAUGAGAAUCAUACGACCUAUGAGAGAUUUGAGUAUAGUUGUCAGAAAUCGGCACCAUCCUUUAUUAAUAGCCCGUCAAGUACCUUUCCAUUGGAUAACUCGCAACCAUCACCAUCCACACAAACCACAUCAUCCGCAUAAGCCACUUCUUCCACAUAAGCCACUGCAUCCACAUAAGCCUCCACAUCCACAUAAGCCACUGCAUCCACAUAAACCUCAUCACCCUUCAAUGCCAAAACACAAACCAUGUAAGCCAUGUGGUCCUAAAGUUCAUAAAAAACAUAAACCAAAAAAACCAAAAAAAAAACCAAAAAAAGAGCACUGUCACCACCCGAAGAAACCACAUCAUAAACGAUUAUUAUAUUAUGCCCCUAUACCUACAGCCAUGAACUACUAUUAUGGGUCACAGAUUCCGGUGAAAUUGAUUAAGCCAAGUAAUAAUUAUGAUGUCGCAGAAAAUCUAGAUCACGAAGAUGUAGAAAUUGAGACCGAAAGACCGUUUCACCAAGAAGUUGAAGAUGAUGUAGAAGAGCACAGGUUAGCCGAAAUGAGUGAACCUUUUGAUGAAGAGGUCCCCGAUGAAAGUAAAAUAAAAUCAAUUGAAAAACUUUAAAGUGUGAAAUGCAACUUUUUAUAAAAGAAAAAAUUAAUCAAAUUAGCAAUCAAAGUUUUAAUCAGAAUUAUUGAAUUAUGUGUAUAAUUAUAUUUGUAUCUAUGAUCUUUUGGUAGACGCAAAUCUUAUUUGACUAUUCAACAAAACUUGAACUUUAAACGUCCAUAGAACACAUAACAUUUAAAGAACAACAUUUUUAUAUUCAAUGACAGAUGAUUUCAUCGAAACGAUCAAAACGGUUGGAACAUUUUUCAAUUAUAGUUUAUAAAAUAAGAUUCAGUUUAUUUUGUUAUGUUUAAUGAUGAAUUUGGCUGGAAUAGAUUUAAAUAUUUUAACUGUAUUAGUACAUAGUAGGUAUACAAAAUAUAAAACUCGUUUACCUAUAACUCUCAACAAGAUAUUUAACGUAUUUCCCUACACUAUACAUAUAUUUUAUCACCUGAGCAUGAUGAUUUUAAACAAUUUAUUUUGUGGAUCUAGUUAAAACUCUUAUUGGAUUACUUUAAAUAUUAUUUAAAAUGGCUCAAAUCUUUUUUUAUUGGCAAUUAUGGCCAGGAGUGAUUAAUGGGUCUGAUGUUAAAAACAAUCGUUAUAAAUAAAUAAAAAUGUUAUGUAACUAUGUCUUAGGUUUUUUUUUUUUUGUAAACAAAUUAAUUUGAAAUGAUCACGCUGCAUUAGGUUUUGUUCUGUAAGUGAUUUAUUUAUUUUGUAAGUGCAUAUUAAUAAUAAUAAUAAUUAUAAUAAUAUCGUGGCGUGGUUUUACAUAAUUUGUGUAAUGUUUUUUUUCCAUUUCUUAGCAUUUUCUUAUAAUGAUACCAUUAUAAUAACAUGUGACAUCAUAC